UUGGAAUGCUCCUUCAAAUUAAAGGCCUGGAUGCAAAGCAGCAGGCCUGGUUUUGCUACACGAGGAGCGAGGGAAAAUGGCUGAAUUUGAGUGAAAGUUGUCAAUAAUAUUAUCCCGGUUAUUGUUGCAAAUAUGCAUGAUUUGUCCUAAAAUACUCAAAGGAGAAGGCUUCUUCAGCUAAACGAGAUGUAUGCGAUUUAUAAGCAGAAUCAUCCGCCCACAGGGGUUGAACACUGUGUGUAUUGCCAGUUCUUCUCUGCAGUGGAACACAAUCUUGUUGUCGCAGGCACAUCACAACUUCGUAUUUACAGGUUUUAUACACAAGACGAGCAAAAUGCGGUAGGAUCAACAUCCACAGACAAGACAGCAGACAACACCAUGAAGAGAAGGAAGCUGGAGCUACUGAGCCAGUACUCCUUGUUUGGUAACAUAGAGUGUCUUCAGGCCGUGAGAUUAGCUGGAAACUCAAGGGACUCACUUUUGUUGAGCUUUAAGGAUGCUAAGUUUGCUGUCAUUGAUUAUGAUCCUGGCACACAUGACCUGAAAACUAGAAGUUUACAUUUCUUUGAAGAUGACAAGUUUAUAAAGAGCUGUAAUCAAGAGUAUUUUCGACCUCCUCUGGUUCGAGUGGAUCCUGAUCGACGUUGUUCAGUCAUGCUGAUCUAUGGAACACAUCUUGUGGUUCUACCUUUCAGACAGGAAGGAGUGUUAGAUGAACACGAACAAGAAGGAGCUUUUACAGGAAGCGGUGAUCGUUCUCCUCUGUUACCAAGUUACACCAUCAAUUUAAAAGACAUUCAUGACAAGCUGUGUAAUAUAAUAGAUGUUCAGUUUCUACAUGGUUACUAUGAACCAACCCUGCUGUUACUCUAUGAACCAUUACAGACUUGGCCAGGACGUCUUGCCAUGCGUCACGACACAUGUGCCUUGGUAGCUGUUUCGUUAAACUUGUCUCAACGAACUCAUCCAGUUGUGUGGUCCUUGAAUAAUCUGCCAUUUGACUGUAGUCAAGUUCUUGCUGUUCCAAAGCCAAUUGGUGGAGUGUUGAUUUGUGCUACAAACUCAUUACUGUACUUGAAUCAAAGCGUUCCUCCUUAUGGUGUGUCAUUAAACAGCAUCGCUGAUCACAGUACAGAGUUCCCUUUAAGACCCCAGGAGGGUGUGGUUAUAACCUUGGAUGGUGCUAAAGCUACUUUUAUAUCAUCUGAUAAACUUGUCUUCUCACUCAAAGGUGGAGAAAUUUAUGUUGUUACACUGGUAGCUGACGGUGUGCGAAAUGUCAGGAAUUUUAAUUUUGACAAAGCAGCUGCAAGUGUUCUUACUUCAUGUGUUUGUGAGUGUGGUGAUGGGUAUUUGUUUCUGGGAUCUCGACUCGGUAACUCAUUACUUGUAAAGUACACUGAAAAAGCUGAGGAACUGGGUAAGUUCACAUGUCAAUUUGUCUUACAAUUAUGUUGGACAGAUGAUCUGGACGAGUUAGAAGUGUACGGUAAAGAAGAACAGUCUGGGGUCAAGUUAACAUCAUACACAUUUGAAGUAUGUGAUAGCUUGCUUAACAUAGGGCCUUCCACAUGUGUUGAUAUGGGAGAACCUGCAUUUCUCUCGGAAGAGUUUGCUGGUGGUAAGGAGCUGGAUUUGGAGCUUGUUUCAUGUUCUGGGUAUGGAAAGAAUGGUGCAUUAUCAGUUCUUCAGAGAAGUGUUAGGCCUCAGGUUGUGACAACCUUUGAGCUGCCUGGAUGUGUGGACAUGUGGACAGUGUUGUCUGGUGAUCAGGGUGACAGCAGUUAUCACUCUUUCCUGUUACUAAGCAGAGAGGAUUCUAGCAUGGUGUUGAAGACAGAGCAGGAGAUUAUGGAGCUUGAUCACUCAGGCUUUACGUCUCAGUACCCUACUGUGUUUGCUGGAAAUCUUGGAAAUGGAAAAUAUAUCUUACAGGUUACUCCUCAAGGUGUCAGAUUAUUAGAAGGAGUAACACAGUUACAUCACAUUCCAUUGGAUGCUGGCCUGUCAUCUAUUGUAUGGUGUUCACUGUCUGAUCCUUAUGCAGUGAUGAUGACAGCAGAUGGCUCCAUUAUUUUACUUGAGUUUACAUUAGAAGGUAUUGAGCCAAAGGUCAAGAUAUCCAGACCACAGAUCAACCAAGGUGCUAAGGUCUGUGCAUGUUGUGCAUACAGAGAUGUCAGUGGUGUAUUUUCAACAGAGAAGGUUGAACAGUCUAAUAAUGAAGCACAACUACAGGUUACUACUCCUACUACUCCAAAAAUCAUGGACAUUGUUGAUGAGGAUGAAUUGCUCUAUGGAGAAUCAUCUUUACCGUUCACUUCAGUUGAGGAAAAUCAACAGCAACAAAAACUCAGUGAAAGCGUUCCUGUUGCGGAAUCCAGUGCCGAAGUGGUGACGCCCACGUGGUGGUGUGUGGCUUGUCGUGAGAAUGGUGUCAUGGAGAUUUACACCUUGCCUGACUUCAAGUUAGUUUUCCUGGUUAAAAAUUUCAACAUGGCUCCAAGAGUGCUUGUGGACAGUGGGUCAGCAUCUGCUGCAAGCAGUAUGAUGUCAGGUGGUGUUGGUCAGGAGGACUCUGUGCCAGUCAAGGAAGUGUUAUUAACAGGACUGGGACACAAGAACAGCAGACCAACGUUGAUUGCAUUUGUGGAACAAGAUCUUCUGAUUUAUGAAGCAUUCACCUUCACUGAAGCAUCUGUCGAGGGUCAUCUUAAUGUCCGAUUUAGAAAGUUGCAGCACAAUUUGCUUCUUCGUGAAAAGAAAUCAAAGCAACAGAAAGUAAAGCAGGCUGAUGCCAGUCAAGGAAUGAAACCCAAAGUUGCCAGUCUACGUGUGUUCAGUGAUGUCUCUUCUUAUUCUGGGGUGUUUGUGUGUGGUUCAUACCCUCACUGGUUGUUUGUUACAAGCAGAGGUGCUCUGCGAGCUCAUCCAAUGAAUAUUGAUGGUGCUGUUACUUGCUUUGCUCCAUUUCACAAUGUCAACUGUCCUAAAGGGUUUCUUUAUUUUAACAAGAAGGGAGAGUUAAGAAUUUCAGUUCUGCCAACACAUCUAAGUUAUGACGCUCCUUGGCCAGUACGAAAGGUUCCACUAAGAUGUACACCUCAUUUUGUAGCCUACAACAGAGAAAGCAAGACAUAUGCAGUUGUGACAAGUUUAUCAGAACAAACUAAGAAAGUGGUGAAGUUGAAUACUGAAGAUCAUGAGCCAGAGGACAUUGAGCGAGAUGCAAGAUUUGUUUAUCCAAUCAUUGACCGGUUCAGCCUACAGCUUAUCUCACCAGUUAGUUGGGAAAUCAUACCAAGUACACGGAUUGAAAUGGAGGAUUGGGAACAUGUCACCACCUGUAAGAACCUGAUGCUAUCAAGUCAGGAGACACACACAGGUCACAAGGGUUUCAUCUGUGUUGGGACAACACAUGUGUAUGGUGAAGACAUCACAUGCAGAGGGCGAAUUUUGAUCUUUGAUAUCAUUGAAGUUGUUCCUGAGCCAGGCCAACCACUGACCAAGAACAAGUUUAAGAUGCUGUAUGGUAAGGAACAAAAAGGUCCUGUUAGCGCUCUUACUCAAGUCAAUGGUUACCUUGUGAGUGCCAUAGGACAGAAGAUUUACAUCUGGAACUUCAAAGAUAACAAUGACUUGGUGGGAAUGGCAUUUAUUGACACGCAAAUGUACAUUCACACUUUGACUUCCAUCAAGAAUCUAAUUAUUGCAGCUGAUUUGUCCAAGAGUAUUACGCUGCUGAGAUUACAAGAGGAAACAAAGACUUUGGCAUUUGUAAGCAAGGAUCCCAAACCACUUGAGGUGUACGGAGCUGAUUUUGUUAUUGAUGGUCCUCAGUUGGGAUUUCUUGUAUCAGAUGUUGACCAGAACUUGCUACUACUCACUUAUCAACCAGAAGCUCUUGAAAGUUUUGGUGGGCAGCGGCUACUUCAGCGAGCAGAUAUCAAUGUAGGAACCAACAUUACAUCAUUCUUCAGGAUUCGUGCAAGAACAACUGGAAAAGUAGGCGGCAAAGACUUAAGACAACUGACUUGUUUUGGCACACUGGAUGGAGGGCUUGGACUCCUGUUGCCUAUGACAGAAAAAACCUACAGGCGACUACACAUGUUACAAACCAAGCUUGUGGAGUGCAUUCCACAUAUAGCAGGCCUUAAUCCAAAGGCUUUCAGACUUGUUUGUGGAAAGAAACGCAGCCUUAACAAUCCUCAUAGGAACAUACUUGAUGGAGAAUUACUCAACAAGUUUGUUCAACUUGGUACAAUGGAACGACUUGAGGUUACUAAGAAAAUUGGCACCACACCUGCUCAGAUUCUUGAUGACCUGAUGGAUGUCGAAAGAGCGUGCACGCACUUCUGAGUUCAGUCUUCGUGAAAGCAGCAGCUAAAAGACUAUGAAACAAACAGGCAGCCAAAGGAAACAUUUUGGUUAUUUAUCGAAAAUGUACAGUGAUGAUAACAUUGUUUUAGUACUUGUUUGGUGUUUAUGACUUGUAGUCACAUAGACAAAAUUUAAUGUUUUUUUGUUUCACAGUCAGAAUAUCCAAAUCAUGAAAUAAAGUUAUAUGAGCGUUAUUAGUGUUUUCAUGCUUUUCUCUCUUUUAGACUUAUUAGCAGUUUCCAACAUUAUAGUCACUAGAUGAACAGUAUCACUAGAAGUUGGAAGUUGCCAAACAGCAUACUGUAGCAUUCAGAAUGUAAUAAACUUCUGGAAAUAACUUGGACAACCAGCAAUGACCUCCCUCCUGCUGAAAAAGGUCUGAAACUAAAAUUCAACAACUUUGGAAUUAGUUUCACUCCACAGAUUAUAGGGGUUUUUUUAUGGUUGUGUCGCCUUAGAGUACGGAUAUUAAUCCCUCAAAAUUUGUUUUGAUUUUAAGGUUUGUUUUCCCUGAAGUUGAGCUUUAGAGCAAUUUACAGUAUACAUAAAACAUAAAAGAUGUCUUUCCUAAAGAUACCUUGUCCAUUCAAUCAAGUUUUGAAAUAAAAAUCUUGAGAUAGUAAAAAGAA